AUGGGACCAAACAAAUGCAAAUGUUUCCCUGGAUUUACAGGGAAAACCUGUAAUCAAGAUCUGAACGAAUGUGGACUGAAGCCACGUCCUUGUGAGCACAGAUGUAUGAAUACACAUGGCAGCUACAAGUGCUAUUGUCUCAACGGGUACAUGCUUAUGCCAGAUGGUACAUGUGCAAGUUCCAGGACAUGUGCCAUGGUGAAUUGCCAAUAUGGAUGUGAAGAAGUCAAAGGGGAGGUGCAGUGUCUCUGUCCAUCAGGUGGCCUUCAGCUGGGACCAAAUGGAAGGACGUGCAUUGACAUUGAUGAAUGCUCCACUGGCAAAGCUCUCUGCUCUUACAACCGCAGAUGCAUCAACACCUUUGGAAGCUACUACUGCAAGUGCCAGCUUGGUUAUGAACUGAAAUACAUCAGUGGCCAUUAUGACUGUGUAGAUGUGAAUGAAUGUGUGACAAACACACACAGGUGUAACCUCCAUGCAGAGUGUCUCAACACUGAGGGGUCCUUCAAGUGCAAAUGUAAACAGGGAUACCGAGGAACUGGAUUUGAUUGUGCUGUUAUCCCUGAAAAGUCAGUGAAGGAAAUUGCAAGAAUCCCUGGAACAGCUAAGGACACAAUUAAGAAACUUCUUGCACAUAAAAAUAGUGUGAAAAAGCAUGAAAAAAUCAAGAAUGCCAUCCCAGAAGCAGCUGUGACACCGCCUUCUAAGACCCACUUGCAGUUAUUGGACUAUGAAGGUGGUACGGAUCUUGGUGGGAGCUACAGUGAGGAAGAGAAAGAAAUUGAAGCUACUACAGAAGAUGAAGCAGAAGAGUCUGAUGAAGAGGAGAAGGCAGAUUUUGAGAAUCAAAUCGAUGAUGAGCAAAGCCUGAGAGGAGAUGUCUUUUUUGAUUGCAGCUUCAGUCGAGGAGUCUGUGACUGGAAACAAGAUGCUGAUGAUGACUUUGACUGGAAUCCUGCUGAUCGUGAUAGAGGUGAUGGGUACUACAUGGCAGUUCCAGCUUUUGUGGGGCACAAGAAGGAUAUGGGGCGUCUAAAACUUCUUCUCACUGACCUGAAACCAAAGAGUAGCUACUGCUUGAUUUUCAGUUAUCGGCUUGCUGGUGAGAAAGUGGGGAAACUUCGAGUGUUCCUGGCAAACAAAAAAACUGCUCCUGUCUGGGAGCAGAACACAGGAAAAGAUGAGAGGUGGAGAACUGGAAAAAUAGAGAUAUUUCAGGGAGCUGAGACAACUAACAGUGUCACUUUUGAAUCAGAACGUGGGAAGGGAAAAACUGGAGAAAUUGGAGUGGACAAUGUUAUACUAAUUUCUGGUCUAUGCCCAGAAGAUACCUGA